CCCCCGUCCUCUGCUGUGUCUCUGCUAAAGUACAUUCCGUGUAUUCUUUGCGAGAAAGAUGGACCUCACGCACACACGCACAAGAUAUUUCCACUGAAUUAUUUUGUGGUGAGAUGAACACGGAAAUGGAAAGUUAUUCUUUUCAAAUGACUUGGUCAGCAAGUACGGAUGGGUGUGUGGAACCUGCACGCCAGUGGGAAUGAGACCUGCCCUGCAGCGACAGCGUUAUUACUUGGAGAGAAGUCGCUGGACUGGGAGUGCCAGGAGUAGUCCCGCGCGCUCAGACGUUCUGUCAACUCGCCAGUCUACCAGGCUUGCCCGGUUGAAGCCACAUUGGAGCGCUAUUGCCAUGUAAUUCGGUCGUGUUCGUUUGCUCAUUUGUCUGCAUCGUAGGUAAGAAAAGAAGAAAAGAACACAUCUCCGUGUAUCGGAAAAAUAUAUACAUCUUUUCCUACUGAGGGUUUUCGUUUUCUGUUCAUUGGAUUAAAAGGGAGGUAUCGAUGUAUUAUCUUCGCAAAUUCCGCUGAGAGAAUGUAACGGAAACUGGUCUUGGAUGUUGGAACACAAAUAAGGCGGGGACCUCUGUGCGAACGCUUUUGGACAAAGUUCAAGGUUAAUGCAUCGUUUUGUAAGGCUGCGUUUUUUAGGAGUUCUAUUGCUCCGGGAUAAAUGCGAAUUCGUAUUUCCCUUGGCUCAUCUUCUCCCCGGAAUAUCUGCUUUUGAUACAAUUUUCUGCUGUGUCCAAGCGAGUAUCCUGGAUGUGUUCGAAAUGGACCGUAUGUGAUGUAAAAGUCAUAAUAUGAGCCGUUGCUUAAAUGCGUUGUGGAUACAGACAAGGACAUCGCAUCAGUGCCUGAUAGGUAAACAGUGGCUCUCUAUUCUAACACAGAUGACCGAAUUCAAUGACUAAGUCCUUGUCUCGUGAAUAGGGGCUGGCCACAGUUAAUUUUCUCUCUUUCUGUAUUCCAUAUUCCUUUUCUGCGUGUGGCAUAUUUGGCGAACCUCAUAAAACCUGCUGUUUUUUUCUGGAUAUCUGUGUCUAACUCGGCUGAGAGUUCCUAGCUGGCGCCGCUUUUAAAACCCCAUUGGUAUAUAGGUUUCAUCCAGGGCACUGUCGAAUCUCCAUUGUGAGAGAAGAGAGGCGCAAAGUUGGGCGCACCAGCCAUCUCCUGAUCGAUCCGAUGGUUCCUGCAAUGAAAGGAUCUGGGAGACUCAAAGCAAGGAGCCCAGCGAUGGAGGCGAUCCUCGUCGGCUUGGCGCUGCUGGUGGGAGCGGUGUCGUCCAUGUUGUGUCCGAAGCGCUGCACCUGCCAGAACCUCCUCCCCUCCUACACUGUCCUCUGCGCCAAGACGGGCCUGCUCUUCGUCCCGCCCAACAUCGACCGGCAGACGGCAGAGCUCCGCCUGAUGGACAACUUCAUCACCACGCUGCGGCACCGGGACUUCGCCAACAUGUCCAGCCUCAUCCACCUCACCCUCUCGCGCAACACCAUCAGCCAGAUCCAGCCCUACGCCUUCGCCGACCUCCAGGACCUGCACGCCCUGCACCUGGACAGCAACCGCCUGACCGUCCUGGACGACACGCACUUCCAGGGACUGGUCAACCUGCGCCACCUCAUCCUGAGCAACAACCAGCUGCAGCGCAUCACCGAGGGAGCCUUCCAGGACUUCCUGGAGACCCUGGAGGACCUGGACCUCUCCUACAACAACCUGGUGGACAUCCCCUGGGAGACGGUGGGCCUGCUGGUCAGCGUCAACACCCUCAGCCUGGACCACAACCUCAUCGAAUUCGUCCCCGAGGGCAUCUUCUCCAACCUCCACAAGCUGGCCCGCCUGGACAUGACCUCCAACAAGCUGAAGAAGAUCCCCCCGGACCCGCUGUUCCUCCGCAUCCCCGUCUACGCCAAGAUGAAGGGCUCGCCGCUCACGGCCCUGGUGCUCAGCUUCGGGGGGAACCCCCUGCACUGCAACUGCGAGCUGGUGUGGCUGCGGCGGCUCACCCGCGAGGACGACCUGGAGACGUGCGCCUCGCCGCGGGAGCUGGCGGGCAAGUACUUCUGGACCAUCCGGGAGGAGGAGUUCGUCUGCGAGCCGCCCAUGAUCACCCGCCACACCUCCAAGAUGUUCGUGAUGGCGGGGCAGGAGGUCAGCCUCCGCUGCAAGUCGGUGGGCGACCCCGAGCCGUCCACGCACUGGGUGAGCCCCGAGGGCAAGCUGAUCGGGAACACCUCGCGCACCCUCUGCUACGAGAACGGCUCCCUGGACAUCCUGGCCACCACCGUCAAGGACUCGGGCGUCUUCUUCUGCAUCGCGUCCAACGCGGCCGGGGAGGCCACCGCGCCCGUGGAGCUGGUGGUCAACCCCUCGCCGCACUACGACCCCAAGCUGGAGCCGGAGCCCGGGCCCUCCGACAUCCCCACCUCCAUCAAGUCCAACGCCAGCGGGGGCCACUCGCGGCCCGACCAGCAGAGGGUCAGCGUGUCGGAGCUCACCUCCUCCUCCGCCACCAUACACUGGCCCCCGCAGAACCACAUCCCCGGGGUGCGCAUGUACCAGAUCCAGUACAACAGCUCCUCAGAUGACAUCCUCAUCUACAGGAUGAUCCCUGCUUCACACAAGCUCUUCCUGCUCAGUGACCUGGCCUCCUCGCGGGACUACGACCUGUGCGUGCUGGCGGUCUACGACGAUGGCGUCACGGCGCUCACCGCCACCCGCCUGGUGGGCUGCGUGGCCUUCACCACCGACCGCGAGUACCGCCAGUGCCGCUCCAUCCACGACCAGUUCCUGGGCGGCACCAUGAUCAUCAUCAUCGGCGGCAUCAUCGUGGCGUCCGUCCUCGUCUUCAUCUUCAUCCUGCUCAUGAAGUACAAGCUGCACAACAACCACUACAAGCAGAAGGCUGCGCGCGUCAGCAACAUGUGCUCCCAGACCAACGGGAGCCAGGGGGGCGGAGCCCAGCAGAACCCGCCCCCACCCUCCUCGGCCGGUUCGGCCACCAAGGCCCACCCACCACCGGGGGGCGACAGAGUGCUGCACGAGCAGGCCCAGGUGCAGGAGGGCUACGGGAACCCGCUCAAAGGGACGACCGUGGUGGACUUGAACCCGGAGUACGGGAAGACUGCGGCGGACGAGGACGCCAUAUCGCAAUAACACAGGGACCUCCUCCCCUUUCCUGGAGCUCAGGUCCCUCUGCCUUACUGAAGAUUAUCUGGUGUCCCAGACACACACGUAACCCCACCUACUUCACAGCUAUGACGGGAGCGAAAAUGAAGUGGUGCAGUCCUCGAUUCAAUAGUAGGGACCUGAAGAGACUAAAUGGAUUGCAUUUAUAUCAAUAGCACUGGAAUUAAAACCAUGGGAUUGCUGUGUUCAAUUUUUAUGCAGUUCGAUUCAGGAACCUUGGAAUAUAACACGUCUCGAAGGAACGAAUGGCUUACCUAAGCAAACCAAAAACGACCAACAUCAGGAGAAUGACGUGGGUUUUUGGACCGCGCCGACAGAUGGAACUGCGGUCCAAAGAAAUCCGGCUUCUCGGCUGUUCAGCACACUUUGUUUUCUACUGCCGAUAUUUCAAACCUGAUCGUUUUGCGGUAUUGUUUUUUGGGUUGUUGAUAAAUGCUGUCACUUGUUGGUCACAAACCAACAGAUUACUACAGUGGCAGAGAUCCGUUCAUUUGUCUCAAUUUGGAAGACCCAGGAUACACAAGACAUCAAUGGAAUUGCGAGGCAUCUGCGUUGAAAUAUUGUAUAGCGUGAACUCUAGGGCACUUUAUAAUCUCCACUUCUCUGUUUUUCUCUCCUCGAAUAACUAAAUAUGCUAUGCUCACAAAAUAUUGUGAUGAGAAAAAAAAAAAAAAUACUUAGGCCUAUUUCGAUUUGGAACACUGGAUUAUUUUACACUGGAUUUACAAAUGUGGCGUUUGUCUGAUAUGUGUCUUCAAUGUGACUUAAAAAUAAAUAACCGACCAGAAAUUUGUUUGAUGAACGAAUUUAAACGCGGUCGAAGUGGCGUCCACUGCAUUUCUGCUUUACCAAUUACAGGAAUGCGACUUCCGCCGUGGAUUCAUUGUACGCUGGCGGUUACAUAAAAAGGCGAUACGAAAGAGUACUUUUUUUUUUCUUCAGCUGAACGUGUAAGUAUUUGUAUGUGAGAUCCCCUCCGUCAUUUCUGAUUUGAUACCCACAUUUCAGUUGAAUUAUAAACAACAAUCAUAAAAAACGAAAGAUUGAAUUUUAUGCUUUCAUAGUUACAAGAUGUGGAUUUAUAAAGAAAUAAAGUAUUUUUCUUCAA